UCCCAGUUAGGGAAUGAAUAAGUCCCUGGGAUAAAAGGUACAGCGUAAGGAAUAUAGUCAAUGAUAUCGUAAUAGCGAUAUAUGGUGGCAGGUGGUAGCUACACUUGCGGUGAGCAGACAAUAAGGUAUAGACCUGUCAAAUCACUGUGUCGUACACCCAGAACUAAUAUAACAUUAUGUGUCAACUAUACCUCAAAAAAAAAAAGUGGAAAAAAAAUAGAACUGGAAAGCUGGGGGAAAGGACUAUCUAGAUAAUUAUACACUGGAGCCUGAGAGAUGUCAUAUUAAAAAGUGUGCACUAGUAUAAAAUUUUAGUUAAUCUGGAGGUUCGUGGGAAAAUUAGAGAGAACUGGCUUCAUUUCUUUUAAAACCACAAGCAGUGAAGGCUAUUCCGCCCCCCCAAAAAAAGUUCCUGAGCAUUUUAGGGAGAACCUAGAGCUUCUCUGGGCCAAUCUAUACUGUCAUUCCCUAUUCCUCCCCCUGCCCUUGCCUCCAGAACCUGAGCUGGACUAGGGACUGAUCUCACCCUACAGAUUAAGUAGGAGAGAAGCGGUGAGGUAGUGAGGAGUGGAUGCCUGGAAUAAUUCCACAAACAUCUCCGAUCCCCGCUGUGGGUGGCCUCGUGAUUAGUGAAUAAGAUGCUGUCCCUGCCCUCAGGAAGCUUGGGGUCUCGAAGGGUAGGCUCACAGGAGUAAUUAAGUGCCAGUGUAUCACGCUAGGCAGUAUAAAGAGGAGAGCAUGGCACAUGGUGAAGGCACGAUGGAGGGAAUACUUAGUUAAGUCUGUCUUGGGGCAGGCGAGGGACAAAAGAGCAGAAAUGCUCACAAAAUCAGGAAACUUGAAGAGAAGCUUUUCGAAUGAGUAGAUGCUGCCAACUUCCAUGGUGCCUCGGUGUGCACUAGAGAAAGGCACACAGCUGGGCUAGCAGACCUCUCGCAGAUGGGUGCCCUUGAGCACACAGCAUGUAGGGCAAUUGCAUUUGCUAGAUGGACAGAGGGAGAGUGGAAAGAACAUUCUGGACAGAGAAGACAGCAUAAGCAAGGGCAUAAAAUUUCCUGAGGUUGUCCCCCUCAACAUUGGAGGGGCUCACUUCACCACACGCCUGUCUACCCUGCGGCGCUAUGAAGACACCAUGCUGGCGGCCAUGUUCAGCGGGCGGCAUUACAUCCCCACAGACGCCGAGGGCCGGUACUUCAUUGACCGGGAUGGCACCCACUUUGGAGAUGUGCUGAAUUUCCUGCGCUCAGGGGACCUGCCGCCCCGGGAGCGUGUACGGGCUGUGUAUAAAGAGGCCCAGUACUAUGCUAUCGGGCCCCUCCUGGAGCAGCUAGAGAACAUGCAGCCUCUGAAGGGGGAGAAAGUGCGCCAGGCAUUUCUGGGACUCAUGCCCUAUUACAAAGACCAUUUGGAGCGGAUUGUGGAGAUUGCCCGGCUGCGUGCGGUACAGCGGAAGGCCCGCUUUGCCAAGCUCAAGGUCUGUGUCUUCAAGGAGGAGAUGCCCAUCACCCCCUACGAGUGUCCUCUUCUCAACUCCCUGCGCUUCGAGCGGAGCGAGAGCGAUGGGCAGCUCUUUGAGCACCAUUGCGAAGUGGAUGUGUCUUUUGGGCCCUGGGAGGCUGUGGCUGACGUUUAUGACCUACUGCACUGCCUGGUCACGGACCUCUCAGCCCAGGGCCUCGUCGUGGACCACCAGUGCAUCGGGGUAUGUGACAAGCACCUCAUCAACCACUACUACUGCAAGCGCCCCAUCUAUGAGUUCAAGAUCACAUGGUGGAGUGUGCCCACCCAGUCUAGGCACACAGCUCUGCCUUCUUGUGUUGAGAGGUCUCCAGGGGAAGAAGAUAGCACAACUGCCCAGUCACUGUGUGGUUCACGACCGUGUCAGGUGGUUCUGAAAGAAUCCCUCCUGUCAUUCACCACUUCUUUCAAGGGUGAGAUAAAUGGCUCUAAGCUUACGUGAGCCUCUGUGGCUAAGACCCUUCCUUGAGGAAAAUGGACUUGAGUUGCCCUUCCUCUGGAAGUAGAGUUUGACACCUUCUUGGCUAAUGAGGGUCCUCAUCAAGAUGUCCCUUGGAGUCACUUCAUGGAUUAACCCAGAAAGGUGAGUCCUGACAUGCUGGGUAGCUAUGCCACCCUCCAACUGCUUCCUUAAAUCUCUCAUGAUUCUGACUUUUAAACAAAAGCACUGCGUCACUUGUGCCAAGUGUAUUCCCUGACCUGCUUACUGUGUGCACAAUCACGUAGUAAUGAUACGCUAAUAAUACUUCACAAAUUGGAAACUGAAGCUCAUGGAGGUGUAAUUUACUCAAGGGCACAUAGCUAAUAGGUAGCAAAGUCAGGAUGCAAACCCAGGGCCCUUUUCUGAAGUCCUCACAGAUGUUCAAUAGAGCCCUCCCUUCUGCUUGGCAGCACAGUGUCCCACCUCUCAGGCUUAGGGCUUCAACCUGUGAAAAUUUGAAAGGCAAAUGCUCUAGAAGGAAUAUUAGACUUUCUUUUAUGUCCCUGAGCAUUAAGGAGCUAGCUGGGGUCCCCAAUGUACUGCCCUUCUUAGUGAGGGACACAUGUUCGCUAGGUGAAGGGUCCCACUCAUGGGCAGUGAUGGAGGUGAGCAAUGGUUCCCUGGCUGGACCCUAGGUGUGGCGAGAUGAUCUGGGACGGCCUGAGUUCAUCAGACUCUUGCAGCCUACAGGCCUAACCACACAGAUGUGCUGUGCAGCCUGACCGUGUGGGGAAGGAUGCCCGAGGCCUCGGCCCUCCUUCAGGGACUCCUGGCCUCAAGAGAAUAACUGAAUGUAAGGCUUUUUAGUUUAGCUUAGGGGAUCUUGUGUGCCUGGCUUGGGGCUUAUGGCCCUUAGACUCUGGGUCUCAACCCUGCCUGUUUGUUCCUUUGUCAUCAUUUUGGAGAUGACCUCUUAGCUAGCUUUACUUAUGUCAUUUUGAUUUGUUUAACUUAGAACAUGUUCCUUUAGCUUUUGUUUACUUCACCUUUAACUUUCUGUCUUUUGGUUCCUUACCAUUUUGUUUUUCCUGUCAUGUAUUUUAGAGUUCUGUAUAAUUUAAACGUAAUUUUAAACUUUAUUUCUAAUGUAACUUUAAAAUAAAGCACCUAUAUGAAUAGGAUGCUAAUGAAGAUAGUUUUUGUUCUGAGCGAGGGUAAUUAUGUGCUUUUUUUUCCCCAUUCAUUUCUACAAUGAUCUUAUUAGCUGUGAACAUUAGGUAUCUCAUUUUUCCCUUAGAUGAAUAUCUUCUUCUAAAGUCUAAAUACAAGGAGAAACUGACAGUGUUAUUACAAAAGUCAUAGAUCCGGGUUAUCCACUAGAUCCGAUGGCCAAGCUUUUACCUCUCCCUCCAGAAUGCCUGCCUCCCCCCAUAUACACACAAGAACAGUAAGUUCAGACUUAGGAAGAGGGCAGUCCCAUUCCCGACAGCUAAGGACUUCUUCCUUCACACACUUGUUUUUCCUGAGCAAUGAAAUGAUCUAAAUAUCCUGGGAUUCCACCACCUCCAACCACCCGGAACUAAGUGGAAACAGAACCAUUGUGCACCAGGAAAAAAAUCCAACUCAACUGCAGGAAAGACUUUGAAUUGAACCAUCUUGAACCAUCCAGAAGUACUUCAUAAAAGGGACCCAUAAUCAGAUUGUGAUGCACCUUUUCCAUCCUUCUGUGAUCUCAGUGGCAACCUGAAUCACCCUUCCACAAACCAUGACUUUUAGAAGAUUCUCCUAAUGUAUUACAGACCCUGGGUUUUUUCCUAUAUCAUGUGAUCUUGGCAGAUGGCCUAGCUCCAGUAGAUCUUUGGAAUAGAUGUAUACAUACUUCUCCUUUAUUACAAAAAAAUUAAGAAAUAGAACCCCAAAGCACCACAAAGCUUAGAGCUUGAUCUCCAUUAAAAGAAAUUGAUAAGUUAAGAGUUGAGUUGAAAU